AUGCCUCACACUCGUGUCUCUUAUCAGUUCACUAUCACGGGAGGUGCAGACAUGGUGGCCGCACAAGCUUCCCGCGCCGACGACAUUGCAACGACGUGGGGUUCGCCUUGCAUUUGUAUUUGUUCUGGUGCGCUUCUCCUUCUCCUGGAGCGACCAUUCGCGGAGGGUGCAACCAACUGUCGAGCCCUCUCUCUGUCUCCUUCUCUCUUCUCACGAGGGCAUCCACUGCUGAGUGCUCCAUUGUAG